UGUGAAUAAUUCAUACAGUUUUCGACGGUCGUUCAUUGCACGCGGACCGGUUUUGAUAUUCAGCGUAAUUAGUUUUGUGGCAUAAGUGAUAGUGAAGUCCUGAAAGGGGGAAAAAAUAAAAAUUAAUUUUAUAUAAUGGAAUAAAUGCAAACGCUAGCUCCGAACAAGGAUUAAUUGUGUUGAAAAAAAUAUAUUUUCGAAAUUGAGGAUUUAAUCGAACAAAAAGUGAAAAUGAAUGUACCCAAGAAUAACACAGCUGUGAUAUUGUCCAUAAGUUGUCUCCUGCUCUUUUUACAAACUCUACCACAAAGCGAUGGCAAAUGCAUAUGGUAUGGCCACAGUCAUAUGGUUGGGGCACAUUGGAAAAAUAAGGCCUAUGGUGGUGAAGCUCUGCCUCUGAAUGAUAGCCAGGCCGAGGCAAUAUUCAAAACACGUUGUCCCAUCCUAUACAAUGAGUAUAAAGGCAAUGAUCCGGAUGCUCCCUUGAAUUUGUGCUGUGACAGCGGCCAAAUCUUAACCAUGGAUCAGGGUAUGUCUCAGGCGGAUGGUAUAUAUUCCCGCUGUCCAACGUGUACAUUGAACAUGGGUCUCAGCAUCUGUGCCAUGACAUGUGCCCAAAAUCAUAGCCUCUUCCUGACCGCUUAUACCGCAAAGCACGAUACCUGGGAUUAUGUGGAAAAAAUCGAUUUCCGUAUUGAUGAUGGAUUUGUGGAGGGCGUUUAUAACAGCUGUAAGGCCAUACAGCAUUCACAAACAGGUCGUCCUGCCAUGGACUUGGGUUGUGGUGCAUACAAUGCUCGCACCUGUGACCAUCAGAAAUGGUACCGAUUCAUGGGUGACACCGAACUCAGCGACUAUGUGCCGUUUCCCAUCAACUACAUAUUCUUGGAGGAUGAUACGGAGGAUGACCGAUUUAAAAUGUCUCCGCUAUCCUGUUCCGAGGCCUAUGAAAAUUCAUAUGCCUGUGCCUGCAUUGACUGUGCCGAAUCGUGUGCCAUUACCGAUAUUCCCGUGGGCCAUGAGGAGGUUUUUGUUUUCAUGGGUUUGUUCAUCGCUGCCGGUUUAGUUGUCGUCAUUGUGGCGGUGUGGGUAUUUGAAAGGUUGCGCUCGAACAGUAAUAGUCCCCAGUGCUUCUGUUUUUCGGGCUUUGGUUGUUUCAAUGAUGUCCUGUACAAAGUGUUUCGUGCGGGCGGUACAUUCUGUGCCAAACAUCCCGUUUUGGUUCUGGCCGUACUGUCAUGGAUAAUUGGCGGUCUCUGCUAUGGAAUUAUUUAUAUGCAAGUGACCACGGAUCCCAUUGAGUUGUGGGCUGGCGAAGAGAGUCAAACCCGUAUAGAAAAGGAAUAUUUCGAUGCCCACUUUGGCCCCUUCUACAGGACCAAUCAAGUGUUCAUUAAGCCCACUAAUGCCUCAGGGUUCACCCAUGUCACUUCUGCCGGUACAGUGGAAUUUGGUCCGGCCUAUCAAAAGGAUUUCCUCUUGGAAGUAUUCAAACUGCAGGAAGCCAUUGAGGCAAUUGGUAUGGAAGAUGGUAUUGGUCUGGAUAAAGUAUGCUAUGCUCCCGUCAUGUAUCCCGGCGAAAAGACCACUGUCGAUAAAUGUAUUGUCCAAUCGAUCUAUGGAUUCUUUCAAAAUGAUUUGGAAUUUUUCGAAACGGAAUAUGAGGAUGAAAAUGGUUAUGUCAUCAAUUAUUUGAAUCAUCUGGAGGAUUGCUUAAACGUUCCCAUGUUGGAGGCCUGUUUCGGUCCCUAUGGUGGCCCCAUUGAACCUGGCAUUUCCGUGGGCGGCAUGCCCAAAGUAAGUGGCGACGAAGAACCCAAUUAUCUGCUGGCCACCGGUGUCGUUUUGACCUUCCUUGGCAAAAAUCAAAACAAUGAAGCUCUGCUGGAACCCAACCUGGAAUGGGAAAAACGUUUUGUGGACUUUAUGAAGAACUAUACCAAUGAUCAACUUGAUAUUGCCUACUCGGCCGAACGUUCCAUUCAGGAUGCCAUCGUUGAGCUUUCGGAAGGUGAAGUCUCCACGGUGGCAAUCAGUUAUCUGGUGAUGUUCAUCUAUGUGGCCAUUGCUUUGGGUAAAAUCCGUAGCUGUUUACAUUUCCUGCGAGAAUCGAAGAUAGUCCUGGCCAUUGGCGGCAUUAUCAUUGUGCUGGCUUCGGUGCUCUGCAGUUUGGGAUUCUGGGGUUAUUUGAAUGUGGUCACAACAAUGUUGGCCAUUGAGGUUAUACCGUUCUUGGUCUUGGCUGUGGGUGUGGACAAUAUCUUCAUUAUGGUCCAUACCUAUCAUCGUUUGAAUCGCAAAAAGUUUGACAGCAUUGCCGAGGCCAUUGGUGAGGCGAUGGGCCAGGUGGGACCUUCGAUACUGCAAACGGCUGGUUCGGAAUUUGCUUGUUUUGCCAUUGGUGCCAUAUCGGAUAUGCCGGCUGUCAAGACCUUUGCCAUGUAUGCUGCUGCUGCAAUUUUCUUUAAUUUCCUCUUCCAAAUUACGGCCUUUGUGGCCAUGAUGGCGUUGGACGAGAGACGCUAUGAGUCGGGUCGCCUGGAUUUGUUCUGCUGCUGUAAAACCUCUAAGCAGCUAAAGGAGAGCGAAAGUGAUGCCAGUGUUGGAGUUUUGGAAAAGCUGUUUAAAAAUUUCUAUGCUCCCUUCAUUCUGUCGAAACCCGUAAAAGUCAUUGUCUGCAUUGUUUUCUUUGUGGUCACCACCCUGUCUUUGCUGGUAACACCCAAUUUGGAAUUGGGUUUGGACCAGGAAAUGUCCAUGCCCAAGGAUUCCCAUGUUGUUAAAUAUUUCCGUUACAUGGAUGAUCUAUUGGCAAUGGGUGCACCGGUCUAUUGGGUUCUGAAACCCGGUUUGGAUUACACAGAGCGUGAUCAUCAAAAUCUCAUAUGUGGUGGUGUGGAAUGUAACAAUAAUUCGCUGUCGGUACAGCUGUACACACAGUCCCUCUAUCCCGAUAUAACUUACCUCGCCCGUCCAGCAACAUCAUGGAUUGAUGACUACAUCGACUGGUUGGGUAUUGCCGAUUGCUGUAAAGUUAAUACGACCGAUAAUACGUUCUGCCCCAGUAAUUCUAAGGAAUACGAAUGUGAACCCUGUCCCCGCUCGUUUAUGGCAGAUGGCCUUAGACCCACUAAUGAAACCUUUAGGAAAUAUAUUCCCUAUUUCUUAUCUGACUUACCGGAUGCUGAGUGUGCCAAGGCUGGCAGAGCUUCCUAUGCCGAUGCCGUUGUUUACACCCUGGACAAUGAGGGAGAUAGUACCAUAUUGGAUACGUAUUUUAUGCAGUACUCCACAACCUCAACGACCUCCAUACAAUUCUAUUCGGCUUUGCGUGAGGCCCGACGUGUGGCCGAUGAAAUCAAUGCGAUGUUAAAGGAGAACAAUGUUGAUGCCUCCAUCUUUCCCUAUUGUGUCUUCUUCAUAUUCUAUGAACAAUAUUUGACAAUAUGGGAUGAUGCCAUCUUCUCCUUGGGUAUCUCUUUGCUGGCUGUAUUCAUGGUGACCUUCCUCAUAACUGGAUUCGAUAUUAUUUCGGCUGGCAUGGUACUCUUUAUGGUCUUCCUGAUUUUGGUAAAUAUGUGUGGCAUGAUGUGGGCCUGGAACAUCACCCUGAAUGCCAUCUCAUUGGUUAAUUUGGUGGUGUGUGUGGGUAUUGGUGUGGAAUUUGUAUCGCACAUUAUACGCUCGUAUAAGAAUGCCAUUGGUACCAGACAGGAACGUGCCCGUCAAUCGCUGGCGGUGACGGGUAGCAGUGUCCUCUCCGGCAUUACGCUCACCAAAUUUGCCGGUAUCAUUGUCUUGGGUUUCUCAAAUUCCCAGGUCUUUGAGGUCUUCUAUUUCCGCAUGUAUUUGGGUAUUGUGCUAAUUGGAGCUGCCCAUGGUUUGAUAUUAUUACCCGUACUCCUGAGUUUCUUUGGUCCCCGCAACAAAGAAGAACCGGAACCAACUGAAUAUACAGUAGCACUGGCAUAACUUACUUUUAUCACCAUAUCCAGAUCACAUUUAAUUAUUUUUAAGGAAAAUGUCAUUCAUUAAUAAGUCUGCAAUUAGUUGUUUAAGUUAAAAAUUAAAAAAAUAUUAUUUUUAUA